CCCUAGACCACCAUCCAAUAAGCAGUACAUAUGUGUAAAGUCUCACAAUGUCAUCAUCAUAAGUCAUCGUGCGAUCCACGGUCCAAGAUCCCCUCCCAGCGAUGAUAUAUAUACGCACGAUUCUCGGAGCAAUAUCCGGGUCAUCCUAGUGCCAUAACAAUCUCGUCGAUUUAUCAUCAUUGGCUUGUUAAACUACUAUGAACAAUCAAUUCCCGGCUUCAUCGCAGUCUACGACUACGACUACGACUACGCCUACAGCACCUUCUCCUCCUAAACACUGGCACGGUUCUAUCGGAGACAGACACGAGCAUCAUAACGUUUGGGUGAGAGGUGGUUCUCCCCAGGUUUACUAUCCAGCAAGACGCGCUUCUUCGUCUAGUGAGACAUCGACGUCCAGUAUGGAGCGACGAACACCCAGCGCCAACACCCCCUCCAACUCCAGCAACCAAAACACCGUCCCCCCCAAAGUCGGUGACCGCCGACGAUCCAGCAACGCGGUGCUUUUCAGCGGGCUGUCGACUCAAAAGAGAAACCCCUUGGAUACCAACAUGGCGACGAGAAGACAGAAUUGGAAGGAGCAGUCCAAUCAGGGAGGGUUUUUGUCGAAGUGGUGGGAUGGGUAUACUAAGGGUCAUUAGCGGUUGUGCAGGGGAUGGAUGGAGUUUCGGAUUGCGUGCUUAUUUCGUUUUACGAUUAUGAUAAGUUUGUUUCUUGAUUAUAUGUUGGAUAUCUAAUGACAUGGUCAAUUCUCUACUCACAAUGUGGUAUAGUUACUAUCUAAUCUGUACUGAUAU